GGCAGGGAGCCGUGCCCGCGGCCGCCCCCGGCCGGAGGGUGGAGCCGCGCCGCCGCCGCCUCGCCCCGCUCCUCCCGCGGCGUGCGCGGCCUCGGCGCUACGCGAGCGCGGGGAUCCGCCGCGGCCUGCGGGCCGCCAUGGCCGGGGAGGUGAAAACCAAGCUGUCCAAGAACCUGCUGCGCAUGAAGUUUAUGCAAAGGGGUUUGGAUUCACAAACUAAAAAACAACUAGAAGAAGAAGAAAAGAAGAUAAUUAGUGAAGAACACUGGUAUCUUGAUGUACCAGAUCUAAAGGAAAAAGAGAGCUGUAUAAUAGAAGAGAGAAGCUUUCUACGAUGUGAGGAUCUCGUUUAUGGCAGAAUGUCCUUCAAAGGAUUCAAUCCUGAAGUUGAGAAGUUAAUGAUCCAAAUGAACUCUAAGUGCAAGGAAGAAAAAAUUGAAGAGGAUGAUAAAAUGGAAGCUGAUGUGUCAGAUGAAGAAAUGGCCAGAAGAUAUGAAACAUUAGUGGGAACAAUAGGGAAGAAAUUUUUGAGGAAAAGGGACCAACGCGUACUCAAGGAUGAUGAUGAAGAUGAAGAUGAUGAAGUUGAGGAGGGGAAUAGCAACACAAGACCUAGUAAAAGAGCUAAGAAAAUGUUCUUAAAACCUCAGGAUUAAUGUCAGCUGCACAAGUGGAGCUUGUUACCGGAUGCCUACCAAACAGUACCAAGAACUGGAGAUUGUUUGGAGUUUUUGCUAUUUAAUGUAAAGGGUGGAUUUGUAAAUCUGUUCUAUUCUCAUUGAAAUUUCUACCAUCCACAGGACUGACACUUUCCAAAGUGGGUGUUUAUAUAAUGGAUGUUGUACAUCCUUUCCUCUCUCAGCAGCUUUUCAUGAGUGGGGCACUCAUCCCAUCAGUCUCUUUAAAUGUUCUGCAUAGUUAAAUUGAGUGUUGCAUGCAAUCAAAAGCUACAUUAUUUACAAUUUAGGAUAACAUCUGAAAGAGGUAUUUGGAGUAAAGAUGAGCUGUGUCCAAUUCAGUAAGGCAGUUCAGCUUUCACUGCUUGCUUUAUUAUGAAAAUGAAACCUGUGCGCUCUUCAAAUUGAAAAAAGUCAGCAGAAACAUGCUUGGUUUGUGAUCUUUUUUACUGUGCUAAAAAUAAGAUGGGAGAAGAACAGAAAGAUAAAAUCCACUUUAUUGAAUUUUAUUUUUUAUAAAGUUUAUUUAAAAAUAGAGGAUUUUGUAGUGCAACUUUUUUUUAUACAAGCCAAAUAUUGGGCAACGUUUACAGUUUGACAUCUGAGCAGAUUGUGAAUCUUAGUUUCUGCCUUCCAAAAGAAAUUUGCUAAUUUUGCCUCUUUUUCAGCAAAAAAAUCCAAUCUUAUAAUUAUGUAAGUCUUGUCAUAAAAGCAUAAUAACAGUUUCGGAAACAUACUUGAAAGCAGAAUAAAAACUGUGCGGUUUUGUGUUAA